UUUGUAGUUUGUACCUAUCAGUUCGCCGUUGUCGGCACAUAUACCGUACGUACAGGUACACUGAAUAAACAUAGAUACCGCGAAUGGGGGAUAAUUCGAUUCUGAACCGCUGUCUCUUCCUCACAUUCGUAUCCACAUGCUUUCAUGGCCCCUGUUUCUCGUACGAAGUACGACGUGGCGGCGGCGGUCCCUACAAUUCCGUCGCUGUUUCCAGCUUCAGUUACCCCAGAACUCAGCUCCGUCCCUACGAAUGGCGUUAUAUCAAAGUUGAUUUGCCGCCAUGGUUCUCCUCAAUGUCUGUUUCACUGGAGUCAGAUGUAGACCUUUUACUGCAGGACCCCGGACAAAUUGAAAAUAUUCCCUCAAGCAAGUUACCAAUCAUAUGCUUACGAGAAGGCAGCCCUCCUCUGCCUGAUGUUUAUAACAUCUCCCUGGCUGGUUUAGUUUUAGAGGCCAUAUCAAAUGCCCCUUUUGCUGACAUACGAGGUCUACAGAAUGCAGAGCUGUGCUAUCCCAUGCAACAAAACAUGUCUGUGCUAGUAACGAAUGAGCAAAUCUCUCCAGGAGUCUGGUAUUGGGGCCUAUUUAAUGGCAUUGGACCUACAAGAACGCAGUCAAAAAUGAUUAAUCGGGGUCCAGUUUACUCAUUCAGUGGCAAUAUAAGUGUAGAAGGAUGCGCAACCCCAUCGAUGUGGGGCCAAUAUUGCAACCAAACAGUUGAUCUGCUUUCAUGUGCUGACAACUACAAUCUAUCAGAAAAUCUUUCUGCUACUAAAUUGUUCAACCAAACAGCAGAAAAUGUCAUCUUUUGCAGAAACUCCAAUGGGAAUUCGUGCCAUGGAGGCCUUGAGCCAAAAAUCUAUGCGUUGGACGUCAUGGGGAUAGCAGAACAAUUAGCUAUAGUGGCAGCAAAUGUGAAAUUGAAUGAAACAGCUUCUUCCAAUGGUACUUGGAAUGCUAGUGGAAUUGCUUUGAUGUGUUAUGCACGUCAUGGUGCGAUACCGCAGGCCACUCUGCACGAUUAUUCUGCUAAUAUCAUUGAAGAGCCUUUGGUUAUAAGCUCUCCAAAAGUUGGUCGCUGGUACUUCGCAGUUCACAUGAAUGUGAAAGCUUGCUAUAUUUUGGACUGGCUAGUGUUUGAAUGUCCUGAGGGGAAGGCUGGAUUCAACUGUUCAUGGGAAAGAUACAUGCUUCAGACAGUUCUUAGGACGAAUCCAUAUUUCGAAGCUGAUUAUGUACCAAUAAGUGAGAAGAUAUCAUCUGAUUCAGCAAAUUUCCCCUUGGAACCGCUUUUAAGCAACUCCUCGAAUGAGGGAAAGUUAGAAGUCGCUUGGACUUACUUUCUUCUGGACAUUCCUUCCGGUGCUGCUGGAGGUAAUCUCCACAUCAAAUUACCCUCAGGUGCAAAAACAAAUUUCGAAAUCUAUGCAAAAUAUGGUGGAUUACCAUCUCUCUAUAGCUGGGACUACUACUAUGCAAACACGACAAGCAGCAGCAAUAUCUCAAUGUUUCCUAAGCCGUAUUAUGCGGAUGAUCAAACGGCCAGUUUCUAUAUCUUGUAUAUUAGAGGCGGAACAUGGAGUUUCGGACUAAGGCAACUGAACACCAGUGAGACUGCUUCCAAAAAUCAAACUACUGUGUCUAUUUCACUAGAGAGAUGCCCUGGAAGAUGCUCUUCUCCUCAUGGGAAGUGUCAAUCUGCCAUGGAUGCAAGUGGAUUAAUAAUAUACAGCUACUGCUCUUGUGAUCGAGACCAUGGAGGCUUCGACUGCAGCAUUGAAAUUGUAUCACAUAAAGGACACGUAUGGCAAUCGGUUGCCCUUAUUGCCUCAAAUGUUGUAGCCUUGCUUCCUGCUUAUUGGUCCCUUCACCAGAAGGCAUACGCUGAAUUGGUGCUUUUCAUGUGUAGCGGUGUUUCUAGUGGAUUAUAUCAUGCAUGCGAUGUAGGCACCUGGUGUCCAUUAUCUUUUCAUGUCUUACAGUUCAUGGAUUUUUGGCUUUCGUUCAUGGCUGUGGUGAGUACUUUUGUGUACCUAGCUGAUAUUGACGAAGCUUCUAAGAGGACAAUCCACACAAUUGUAGCAAUUAUUACUGCCCUUAUGGCUGCAGCUCGACCAACCAGUUCCACCAAUAUUGCUCUUGUAAUGGCAAUUGGGGCUCUAGGUCUGCUAACUGGGUGGCUGAUUGAAUUCUGCACCAAAAAUAGGUCUCUUCCCUUUACAACAGAAUUCCAUGGGAAUGUCCUUAAUGGGUGGCAAGCCGUUAAAGGUUGGCUCCAUAAUCUCGUCAAGACGCUUCUAAAACGUUUCCACUGGGGAUUUGUAGUCGCAGGUUUUGUUGCAUUAGCAAUGGCUGUAAUCAGCUGGAAAUUGGAAACCAGUGAAAGCUACUGGAUAUGGCAUAGCAUGUGGCACGUCUCUAUAUACACAUCUUCUUUCCUCUUCCUCUAUUCGAAAGUAGAUGCUGUAGAUGAAGAGAGUGGAGGACCUCCAGCUGGUAACUAUGAGUUAACUCGGCAGGAUUCAUUUUCCAGAGGUUAAUAAAAAGAUGCAGAAAGACGGUUUAUUCAUAGUUUAGUGGCACUAAGACCCAAUACAACAAUUUUCCUGUAUCGACUGGAGCAGGCAGUUGUAAAUUCUUAGCAUAAAAUUCAUACAAAAAAGUGCCAUGGGAAGUGUGAAAUAUUAUGACAAUUUAGAUUUCACUUCUCAAAAUGUAGAGCAGCGUAGCGAGAGUACAAAUGCUCCCGAUGGUAUCUGUUGUUCUGUAAAGCUCACAACCUUAUGCUUUUCAGUUUUCAGUUUUUUUCUUCUGUAUUAGUAACUAUAUAUCAGAAUACAAAUGCUCAUUACAGGUAUUUAA